CAAGCCUUUUUCCUUCUAUAGACAUCUAAAAAGCUAAUGCCAUUUCCCUACAACUUCUCUUUCUAUAACCCUCUUCCCAAACAAUAUAACAACCACAUUAGAUGCAGACAGCUACUAACCAAAAAUAAACACACACAAUAGAAGAAACAAAAACCAAAGAAAACUCCAUGGACAUCACAAGAAACAACAUCACCAAGCUCCAUCUUCAAACACAGUCUCUAUUUCCUCCUAAUAUGGAGAGAACUUUAGAUGUUGAGCCAAGAAUGGGCACAAACCCAUUUGCAGAAGAUUUCAUCAAAUCACUGCCAAUUUCAUCAAACCAAAGCAGUAACAGCAGCAGCAGUGAGAUGGUAAAUGAAAGAAGACAGAGUUUCUCAACACAAAAGAGCAUUGGAGAAGGAAGAAGCAGUGGACAGAGAAGAGUGAUGCUAAUGGAGUCUCCUUGCACUCCAGGCAGAGGAGUCUUCAGCUUCAGUAGCAGCCUCUCUGGUAGAAGAAGAAGAAACUUCCCUUCUAAAUGGGAUGAUGCCGAGAAAUGGGUCACCUCCAGUCAUGAAUCUCCGGCACAUUCCCUCAAGAACCAUCACAUCCUUAAAGAUAAGUUAGCCAGCGAAGUGCCAUCAACAGAAGGGUUUAUAUUCAGAGAUCUCGAGGAAGAAGAAGAAGAAGCUCAAGUCCAACACAGAGACAUGGGAACAGAGAUGACACCGGUCGGAAGCGUAACGACUUCAAGAUGUCACACGCCCUUCGAAAGCACGUCUCCAGCGAGACACAACACACCUUCGAACAUGUCAGGUCCGUUAACAGAAACCAAAAACGUUAUAGACAUCUCCGAGUUCGCCAACAAGCUACGACUCAGCGGGUCAGCAGCGACUCAGUAUUAUAACUCAGUGACGAGUCACUGGAACUCGAGGGAAGAGGAGGAAGAAGAGAUAUCCAAGAGCUUAAGACAUUCCGACAUGGAAAGUGAGUUACAGAGAAGUGUUUCAGUAACUGUAUGGGAUGAUGAAGACGACAAGAUCAAGUUUUGUCAAAGAUAUCAAAGAGAAGAAGCCAAGAUCAAAGCAUGGGUGAAUCUCCAAGAUGCUAAAGCGGAAGCUCAGUCCAGGAAACUCGAGGUGAAAAUACAAAAGAUGAGAUCAAAUUUUGAGGAGAAAAUGAUGAAGAGAAUGGAUACAGUGCACAGGAGGGCAGAGGACUGGAGAGCUACGGCGAGGCAGCAACAUGCUGAGCAAUUGAAGAGAGCAGCUGAGACGGCGAGGAAGCUGAGUAACCGCCGUGGCUAUUUGGUUGCCGGCCGUAGCUCAUGUGGUUGUCUUCCCUGUAAUAAUAGUGGUUCUUGUCACUAACUUGGUAAAAUAAAAGUAAGAUAUAAAUGGAUAACAAGGAUAAGAAAAUUACUGCUUUAUGUGUUUGGAUUAAUCAAUUUUUAUGUUAUUUUACUGCUU